AUGACGUGGUUUCAGGCUGUCCGUGGGAAAAUAGAACCGUCCGACCUCGAGCACCUCGAGCGACGGUCCUUAGGUUUAUUCCUAGAUAAGCUGCCACUGCGCAUCAAGACUCCACCAAAUGUAGACUGUGCAGGCAUCCUAGAGUUAGUGCGCGAAGCAAGCCAAAAGGCAGUGGCUUAUGCAAUCCCUUUCGAGCAGAUCCUCGACACCCUCCACGUCCCGCGCAACCAUCCGGCACCAUCCGAUCUUGGAAGUUAUGGUCACGUUCCAUUUGAAGGGAGCUAUUGA